CACUGCCCAUCGAGCAAAUAGUGACUUUCUAACAAGCUACGACGACCACAAUAAUUAUAUUGCGGAGGGAAUAGACGGCUUCACAGGAAGCACCCAAAAUAUCCACGAAGUGAAUGAAUUCUCCGUGGUCAUAUUUCACACGAUCAACACCAAUUGACUCGUCCUGCGUCAUUUCUGACAGCUUCGUCAUUUUGAUCCUUUCGCUACACCCCCACCAACUCUCAUGAAAAAAGCUGUCGAAACUGUCAAAAAUAUCGUUAAGAAUCCAGAGGCUAUGACUGAGCCACCUGCAUCUGAGGACAACCAAGGUGUCAACCCAGCAAGUCAAAGUCAGGAAGCACCUCCAGCAGAUGUGCAGGGUACAACAAGUGGCGAGGGACAGGCCGAAGGGGAGAGUAAGGGACCCUCAAAGAACGAACUAAAGAAAAGGCAAAAAGAGGAAGAGAAAGCUCGGAAAGCUGCAGAGCGUCGUGCAAAAGAAGAGGAGGCCGCCAGGGCAAAGGCAGCAGAAGAGGAAGCCAAUGACUUUGCCAAACAAUACUAUGGAAAGCUCCCGUUGAACCGAUCUCAAGAACGAGCGAAUCGUCACAGAGAUACCAUUGCUUCUCUACCGGGGAAACUUGGACAGAAUGUUCUCCUUCGAGCUCGGGUGCAGACGUCUCGUGCAACGGGCAACAAGAUGGUAUUCCUUAUGUUGCGGCAGCGCAUUGAUACUGUACAGGGACUUCUCAUGGCGGAAGAAGGGAAAGUUUCGCGUCCAAUGAUCAAAUGGGUUGCUAGCCUUGCUGAUGAGAGUAUUGUCCUUGUCGAGGGAGUCGUCGAUAAUCCGAAGGAAGAGGUAAAGAGCGCCACGGUGAAGGAUGUGGAAAUCAAGAUCAGCCAGAUUCACCUCAUCUCUGCGCCUGAAUCACGGCUGGCUUUCACUCUUGAGGAUGCGUCGCGUGCUGAGAGCGAUCUCCAGGAUUCUGACAAACAGUUCAAAAACGUACUUCUCGAUACGCGUUUGAAUAAUCGCGUUCUCGAUCUCAGGACCACAACAAACCAAGCUAUUUUCAAACUGCAGGCCUCUGUGCAAAACUUCUUCCGGGAGUUCCUCGACUCAAACGGCUUCACAGAGAUCCAUACACCGAAAUUACAGGGUGCUGCGACAGAGUCUGGUGCUUCUGUCUUCAAAGUUAGCUACUUCAAGGGAAGUGCCUUUUUGGCUCAGUCCCCUCAGCUUGCAAAGCAGAUGGCUAUCGCCGCUGACUUUGAGCGUGUGUAUGAAAUUGGCCCUGUCUUUCGAGCGGAGGAUUCCAACACUCACAGGCAUCUUACCGAGUUCAUUGGUCUGGAUUUGGAGAUGUCAAUCGAGGAGCACUAUCAUGAGGCUAUGGAGCUUCUAGACCGGCUAUUCCUUUCAAUCUUCAGAAAUUUAAAGGAGAAAUGUUCGAAAGAAAUUGAGACCGUUGGCCGCCAAUUCCCGGCCGAGGAGUUCAAGUGGAGAGAAGGUCCUGAAGGCACCCUCAAAUUGACCUUUGCACAGGCCGUCGAUUUGCUGGUGGAGGACGGCGUUGAUCGAUCUGCCCUUGACGACAUUAAUACGGAAAACGAAAAGCGUUUGGGAAGACUCGUGAAGAAAAAAUAUGAUACCGAUUAUUUCAUCGUCGACAAGUUCCCCAUGGAGCUCCGGCCAUUCUACACCAUGCCCGAUCCAAACGAUCCAAAACUAUCGAACUCGUAUGACUUCUUCAUGCGAGGCGAAGAAGUCCUCUCGGGAGCACAGCGUGUGCACGAUCCCCAGCUACUGGCAGAACAAAUGAAGAGUAAAGGUGUGGACCCUGAAAUGAUGAAGGGAUACAUGGAUGGCUUCCGACUUGGAUGCCCACCGCAUGGUGGGGGUGGUAUUGGUCUGGAACGUGUGCUGAUGCUGUAUCUGAAGCUCAACAACAUCCGGAGGGCAACUAUGUUCCCAAGAGACCCGAAGCGUCUCGAACCUUGAUUGAAGUCGUAAAGGCUAGAACAGAUAGAUCGAUGUAGAGUUACUUGGUCUAAAGUCCCAAAUUGUAUCAGUGUUUCUAUUUCCACCGAGUUGUUGCACGGCAGCAAAUCAACAACAUAUCAUUUCGACAGAGGUCGUCUUGCUCUUCUUCUAUUAGAGUUGAAGAGCCUGGACCGU